AUGGGUGAACAAAACUUGUGGGAGGUGAUGAGUGUAACUCUAAACAAGAUAAAGCCCUUUUUAGCCAUGAUAUCACUUCAAUUUGGUUAUGCAGGAAUGUAUAUAAUUACUCUUGUGUCCUUCAAGCGCGGCUUUAGCCAUUGGAUUUUUGUCGUCUACCGACAUGCAGUCGCCACACUCGUGUUUGCUCCUUUCGCCUAUUUCCUUGAAAAGAAAAUAAGGCCUAAGAUGACAAAAUCAAUAUUCUUCAAGAUUCUGGUGCUUGCCUUCCUGGAGCCAGUUUUAGACCAAAAUUUGUACGGUGUGGCCAUUCAGUACACGUCGGCUACGUUUGCAGCUGCAUCCGUUAACGUCCUCCCGUCCGUCACCUUCGUAAUGGCUGUAAUUUUCAGGAUGGAAAAAGUGAAUCUGAAAAAGACAUCCAGCUUGGCUAAGGUGAUUGGUACGCUAAUAACCGUCACCGGAGCCAUGGUGAUGACGCUGUACAAGGGCCCACCAAUCGGCUUCCUCCACGGCGGCGGCGCCGACCAGAAAUCCGCCGGCAGCUCCGCCGAUCAGCACUGGGUCUCCGGCACUAUUAUGAUGCUCUCUUGCAUUGUGGGCUGGGCCGCAUUCUUCAUCUUGCAAAACAAGACACUAAAAGAAUAUCCGGCGGCCCUGUCGUUGACGUCCUUAGUAUGUGUGAUGGGGACUUUGGAAGGCGGAGUUGUGGCCGUAGUUAUGGAGCGACGCAAGAGUGCUUGGCUCAUCGGCUUUGAUUCUAGGCUACUUGCCGCCGUCUACUCGGGGAUUGUAUGUUCGGGAUUAGCAUACUACUUGCAAAGCGUAGUGAACAAGACGCGAGGCCCGGUUUUCGUGACCGCGUUUAGUCCUCUAAGCAUGAUUAUCACGGCCAUUUUGAGCGCCAUUAUUUUGGCCGAGCAAGUUCAUCUUGGCAGCUUAAUUGGGGCAGUGAUUAUAGUUUCUGGGCUUUACUCUGUGGUUUGGGGCAAAAGCAGAGAGAAACUGGGCUGGGACAAGGCAUCGCCACCGUACGAUGAGGGCAAGGCCCAAGAACUGCCGGUGGUUAGCGCUGACAUGGUCCAGAUUAGCAAUAACCCAAAGUUUAACAAUGAUAAGGCUUUCCUACAGCACGACCCAUGA